CGCUGCUGUUUAAGCAAGGCUGUUAUGAAAAACUUCAACUGGAUAAAUAUUGUGUCUGCAGUACAAAUGGCUCCGGUUCUUCUUCUGCUGUUUCUCCCUUUUGCCCUCUGCUGCGAACAGGCCCCUAGCACCGAAUGCGAGAAUAUGCCUUUCGUACCCGGGCAUAAUUUGGUGGGAGAGGGCUUUGAUAUUGUGCGAAUGAAGACCACAGGAGCCUUCGUGGUGGACGUGCGCACCUAUAUGACAGGAGGAGAACAUGGCAACUGCACUAUGUGUGACAACAAACUGCUCAAAAAGAAGCAAAAGUUGCCGGCAUCUGUACUCGACUGGCGCAUCAAGGUAAAAUGUCGCCGUAGCGUCAGCGCCAGGGUGCACGAAACCGCCAACUCUGUGAUUAAAGACACCACCAAUUCAGCCAGCAUCAGCUGGAAGGUUGGAUUGGGUCUGCCAGGCGUGGCAGGCGUGGCCUUAGGUGGCACUCAUUCGAAGUCAGCAAGGUUCGCACAGAGCCAUGCAUCUAAAGACAAGUUCUCCUACACAAGUCACACCUUCUCCUGCAGCUAUUACACAUUCCGUCUCCAUGCUCGUCCUCCACUAACCAAAGAGUUCAACGGUUCCAUCAAAGCCCUUCCUGCUCAAUUCAACAGCAAGUCAGAGGCGGCCUACAACCACUUCAUUUCCAUCUACGGAACGCACUUUCUGCGGAGAGUCAGCCUGGGUGGGAGCGUAAAAUCGACUACUGCCGUGAGAACCUGCAAAGUUGCCAUGACGGGACUGUCGGUAAACGACGUGAGUAACUGCUUAUCGGUAGAGGCGUCUGGGGUUAUCAAGGGUGUGCAGUUGAAAGCGCAGACGGAGUUCUGCAAAGCCAAGCAGAAAAAACUAGAGCGAAGCCACAGCUUCAGCGCCUCUUUCUCUGACCGUGUUACUGAAAUGACAGGGGGCAAUGGUAAGCAUCACGAUAUCCUCUUUACUCCUAACAACAAAAGCGGGUAUGGACCAUGGCUCGAGUCAUUGAAGACGAUCCCAGGCGUAGUUUCUUAUACGCUUUCUUCUCUCCAUAUGUUGGUGACACACGACCCGGUCAGAAAAGCCAGUUUACAGGCCGCCAUUAGUAAAUACAUAACAAAAAAUGCUUUAAAUAUUGGCUGCUCCUCAAAAUGCAAGGUGGGGCAUCGUAAGAUUAACUGUGCGUGCAAAUGCAGCGGUCAUCAACGUAUUGAUAGUGAUUGCUGUCCAAGCCAGCCAGGAGUGGCCACUUUGACCGUGGUAGUGAUAAGCGGUGCGGGACUGUGGGGAGAUUAUUUCACCGCAACGGAUGGUUAUGUAAAAGUGUUUUACGGAAGCCAAGGGGCUACGACACAUGUGAUUUGGAACAACAACUUUCCUUAUUGGAACUAUCGUGUGUCCUUUGGAACCGUGGAUCUGAGGCAACGAACGCCAAUUAAGUUUGAGGUGUGGGACCGUGAUAACCGCUGGGAUGAUGAUCACCUGGGAGGAGGUUCUGUUAUCCCAACUCGAAGCAACGGUAUGCAGAAGCGGAUGGGUCUUAAACAUGGCAGUUUUCUGGUCUCCAUUAGUGCACAUUGUGGCCCGAGACUUGGAGGUGCAUUCUGUGAAAAAUAUACCCCUGCACCAGAUGGUGACACUAUUCUAACUGAUUACAAUCCAUUGAUGCCAGUUUCAUUUAAUGUAUCAAAUGGUUUUGCAGGAAAAACAUUUCUGUAAAAAUAAGGUUAAAAGCGCAAAGAUAAUCUAAAAUGGAUUCAGAGCUUAAAAAAUAACGUGCCACCUGAAUAUCUGAUACGAGAUUAUCGAGUUAUUUGAUUAAUUAAGUCUAUUUUUUAAUGUUCCUCUAAUUAAUAAUAUUUUCUUUAUAUUUCUGUAUACACUCUCAGAAAAAAGGUACGAAAGUUGUCCUUGGGACGGUAACUUUUCGAAAGGUCCUAAUACGUACCAUAUUUGUACCUUUGAGGUACCAGUAUGCACCUUUUAGAUGUAAAAGUGCAAAUUUUAAAACAUACUGCCAGCUGUGACAACAUUUCCACCUUGUUUUCUGAGAGUGUGCUUUCUACACAACAGUGGCGGCCGGUGACUUGUUUUUCGAGGGCGCUCGAUGCGAAGUUUGUCCCAACAUGUAUGUAGCCCGUCAUGUGUGUGGUUCCUUUUUCAAAAUAUGUGUUCUGCGCAUCUAGAGAUCCUGUGUGCAUCACGUGUUUUGUCAAAAUAAGUGCCUGCAGCAGACGCGUCUAAAGGGUAUGAGAUAAAAGAGACGGUCGCGUUUACCAGAUACUCGCAUAAUCUCAUGCGUAAACAGAGUUUACUGUUUACCCUACUGAAAAAUCCAGCUAAGACCAGCAUAAGCUGGUGAGCUGGUUUUAGCUGGUCUCCCAGCUUGGUUUUAGCUGGUAUUGCUGGUGAAGCAAGCUGGUCUAGCUGUGUUUUGGUCACUUUUUAAGCUGGUCUGGACUUAGCUGGUCAUGCUGGAAGACCAGCUGAUCCACCAGCUUGACCAGCUUUGCCAGGCUGGGAGAACCAGCUUAGAUCAGCUACUGCCACCUUAAACCAGCUAAAACCAGAUUCCAGCUUAUGCUGGUCUUUGCUGGAUUUUUCAGUAGGGUAGAGAGUGUCUUACGUGUAUUUUGUGAACGUGAGCGUCUCUUGACGCCUGUGCAGCAGGCACUUAUUUUGACAAAACACGUGAUGCACAUGGUGCACAUAUUUUAAAAACGCAAGCAACACACAUGACACUCCGAACACUUAUUUUGAAUUCGCACCCCUCGGAUGGGCAGUCACGAGCCGCCACUGCUACACAAUAGCCAUUUUAUUAAGAUUAAGCAAAAACAUAGUUAGAUAGAUGAAAUACAGAACCUUUAAAAAAGCAUUUUGGUUCAAGGCCUUACACUUUGACUGUUUAGAGAUAUCAUUGGUUAAAAAUGCAGUUUAAAGCUCUGUAAGUGGCUUUCACAUGCUUAAAGUUUAGGAAUAUAGGAGCACAGUGAUUAAGGUUCGAGCUAGAUGGGGGGAAUAAAGAUAUUUGAUUGGGGUGGAGUUGGCUCAGCAUUUAUUUUCUUGACAAUGUUGGCAUCUACACACAGGCAUUAAUCCACUUUGCAUUUUUUAGAGUGCAUUUUUGAAAUACUCCAAAUGCAGUCUGAGUUCAAGUAAACGCAUCAGAGCUCAAAAGAGAUGAAGAAUAAUGAGAAACCCACGGUAGAUGCAUUAUGUGUUUCAAAAUGAACAGGAAAUAAAAUACAAUAUUGCAAAUUAUUUAAUGCAGUCAAAGCAUUAGGGAGAAAAAUGGCAGAAAGAGCAAAGAAAUUUGUAAACGAAAAUGGUCAUAGAAAAAAAAGAGACUGAUCGGAAACUGUCUGAAUUCUUAACAAAUAUAUAAUUUUUUGGUAACACUUUACAAUAAGAUUGUAUUCAUUACCUUAAGACAUGUAUUAGCUAACAUGAACUAAUAAUGAACUUCUACAGCAUAUAUUAAUCUUAGUUCAUGUUAUUUUCAGCAUUUACACUGUAAAAAGUAGAAUUUAAAGGACACUCCACUUUUUUUUAAUAUGCCGAUAUAGCUAGAAACUAUAACAUAUAACAUGGCUGCAGGAGGCUGCAGGAGAAUGAGAGUAUAGUUUCUAGCCAUAUCGGCUAGAAAAUCUCAACUUUUAAUUUUCUGUCGGUCUUAGUACACGAUGUAACUACAGAAGAGUCAAGUUUUAAAUAGGAAAAAUAUCCAAACUCUUUGGUUAUUUUUUAGCACGAUGCUAAUGGACUAAUCAGAUUCAAUGGAUUGUGCUAAGCUAUGCUAAAAGUGGUAGUGCCAGACCUGGAGAUCAGCUGAAUGGAUUCCAAAACGGUAAAAAUCAAAUCUUUAACUCUAGGGGAGCUGGAAAAUGAGCAUAUUUUCCCAAAAAAGUGGAGUGUCCCUUUAAGUUAAAAAAAUCUGAUUUUAGGUGUUACCAGUUAAAGUAAUUUUUUAAGUUUUUUACUAAUAUAUUAUUAAAAUGGGGGCCCCCAAGAUUGUGCUGGGGGGCAGUUUUAUGUCAGUUUAUAAAAUACAUUAAUUUAUCAUGAAUUCUGUGUAAUUAAACCUCGGAAAAAUAAGGCAUUGAAUUGUAUAUUUUAAUAAGUUUUGUUUAAUUCAAAUUUGAUGUUUUACAAUGUUCAUGAAGGGCCACCGUACAAGGGGGGACAUGCCGAAAAAGUUUGAGAACCACUGAGCUUAUGCAUUACUAAUGCCAAUAUUUCUGUGUAGUUUAUAGUUAACCCUAAGUGCCUAAUAUGAAUGUUUUUGUUGUUUAAAUGUACUGUUUGGACUAAUAUAGCUUUAAGGAAAUAUAUGGUAUUUACAAAAACAAUCAAAGUCUACAUAUAAAUAUGUUUAUUUCUGUGUUGUUUGAAAUUGCUAGUUUUAUGGAAAAUAGUGAUGUAUAAAGGGCUGCAUGUAAAAAUGAUUAACAUUCAGAACGGCACCUGUUACCCAUCUUUUUUUUAAAGUGUUUCUAGUUUUAAUUUGAUCAUUCGUUGUACUUUGUUAUGUGUAAGUAAACUCAAAGUGUAACAAACCUUGAUAUUUGUAUCUUUAACACAUUACAGAGAUGCUCUAUGUUUUUAACACAAAUAUACUAAAUAUGUAAAUUCAUUCGAGUCAAAAAACACAAGGUUGUUCUGUGAGCCACAUGGCGCCCCCUGGAGGAUAAAAAACUGCAUCACUCAGGAAGUGUCUCCUUAAAGCUUUCCAUUCUUUACAGAUCAAUGAUUUAGGCCCAACGUCCCUAAAGCUGAUUUGAUAAAAUGGGUUUAAAUAAAAGGAGACAAAAAGGUCUGAAUUAAACUGAAUUAGUGAUUUCAAAUCCAUAGCCUAUGUAUUAUAGGGUUUAUAAAUUCAAACAUUCAUGAUCAAUGUCCAAAGCAACUACACAUAUG